AUGUCCGCCUCCUCCGUGCUCAUGAAACAGGCGUUGAAAGUAACAUCGACAGCUCGUUCGUCCCCCGCCCUGCUGCGGUCCUAUGCAUCAUCUGCAUCUCCAGCCGGCCAGUUCACCUACCGCCUCGCCGCUGCCGCGUCCCCCAAGACCGCUCCACCGCGCGCGCCAAAGCUCGAGCGCGAUUUCUGGAUCUAUGCCUCCACCCAGGCCUCGCCGUCGCCGCCCUAUCUGCGCUCCGUGAAGCGCGAUUCGGGCGAGGAUGCCUUCUUCGCGACAACCAUCGGCGGCAGCCCGCAUCACGUGGCGUUCGGUUUGGCAGACGGUGUGGGCGGAUGGCAGGAUCAGGGCGUCGAUCCGUCGGUAUACAGCCAGGCGCUGUGUGGCCUCAUGGCGGGCACCGCCAACAUUCACGAGGGAAUUGAUGAGGGCAAUCUACUAAAGCCACAGCCGCUGCUGCAGACUGCCUAUGAGGCAGUCAUGGCCAAUCCGCGUAUCGCCGCUGGCGGCUGCACGGCCAGCCUGGGUGUAGCCAAUGCUGAGGGAUCUCUUGAAACCGCAAAUCUGGGAGACUCUGGCUAUCUGGUCUUUGCGCCUGGCAAAGUUGCCCAUCGAUCUGUAGUUCAGACACACGCUUUCAACACGCCAUAUCAGCUAUCCAAGGUUCCUGCCAAAACCCAGGCCCAGUACGCCAUUUUUGGAGGCGCAACACAUUACAGCGAGACACCCGCGCAGGCUGAUGUAUUCACGCAUCAGCUCAGGCAUGGUGACAUUGUGAUGUUUGCGACUGACGGCGUCUGGGACAAUUUGUCUGCUCAAGACACGUUGGCCAUCGUCACGCGUGUAAUGGAGGAAGGUGGCUACUGGUCUACGUCGGACAACGGGGCCGAGACCAUGGUCAACAGCACCUUGAUUCGUUCGUUACCACGCACGGUUGAGAAUGCGACCCAGGAAUCUUAUCUUCCAGGGCUGCUAGCAGCAGCUGUGAUGCGGGAAGCCAAGAUGGCCGGCUUGGAUAGAAAACGCAAUGGCCCUUUUGCGAAAGAGGUGAAGCAGCACUACCCACAGGAGGGGUGGCAGGGUGGUAAACCGGACGAUAUUGCAGUUGUUGUUGCCAUUGCCGUACAGGAUUUGGAGAGCCAGCAACCUGAAAAGCCUCUCAAGGCGAAGCUCUAA